AUGGUUUUCAAUAGUUUUCAGUCUAACGAACAAUACAAAGAUGCAUUCAUUGAAGAUCAAGGAGAGAACACAAUUCGCUCUGUUAAAAAGACAAGUUUGGAUGAAUUGGAUCAGUUAAAAGUUGCCUAUCCGUUUUACCAACCGUCUCAAAAUCCAUACGAACUAACUUCAAUGAUGCUUACCUCGCAUAUUACGUAUCGAAUGAACAAUUCCAGGUAUUUUUCAGGUAAACAUUCCAGAAUAUACGUGAAGACACCAUCUCCUGCUUAUGCGCAUAAAAACAGAACAAAAAAUACUCUUAAUUUACACGGACAUAGUCAUACACUACGAAUGGAUCAAAAACGCAUACUUGUAGUCGAUCAUCCAUCAGCAUUAGUUACAGCAUCGAAACCAGUGUCUGUUUCAGGAUCAAUCUAUGAAAUGUCAAGAUCCUCAGCAGAUGAAUUCCCACUUCCUGGUGUAGAUAAACAAGUCAAUGAAGAUAAAAAUAAGAAUCCAAUAUUAAGUUUUGAAUAUGUAGAACCGCAUACAGUUGAUUUACUUGUUGUGGUAACAGAAAGAAUGAAAAAGCAAUAUGGUCCAAUUAUCAAGGAUUAUUUAUUAUCCACCAUGACAACGGUCUCAACUCUAUUACGACAUCCAAGUUUGAAAACUUCAAUUCAGCUAAGCAUUGUUGACAUUAUAUUGCUGGACCCUAAUUAUGCGCGUAGACAUAAUCUUGAAGAUUGGUUAAACAGUAAACAGGAACAAGUUAUGGCCAGAUUCUGUAAAUGGGUCAAUCGACUAAGACGUCCAAAUUUUACUUGGGACUCAGCUAUUUUAUUAAAUGUCGGGCAUUUCAAAUCAACUGCACUGGGAGUAGCACAUUAUCGAUCAAUGUGUAAUCCAGAAAGUUCUUGUCUAGCAGUGCUUGAUCGUGGAUUUGGAACAGGACAUAUCAUAGCACAUGAACUAGGCCAUCAAUUGGGUGCUAAACACGAUUUUGAGUUAAACUCAGAUUGUGGAUUAGAAGAAAGAAAUCGAAACGUGGAAACACCAUGGAGUAGUACACAUGAAUUGAAGUUGGGCACUUAUCCAUAUCAUCAAGCUGGAGACGGCUGGGAUUAUAGAGAGAGUUACUGGAAUCCAGAUGUUCAUCAAUACGAAUUUAUUAAAAGAGAUACAAUAAUGUCUGGUACAUUGUACUUCGACAACUUCCCGCUAAGAUGGUCCGCGUGUAGUCGUCAGGCGAUACAUACAUUCAUAGAGUCAAAUGCAGCAAAUUGUCUAAGACGCCCAAAUACCGAAACAGUGUUAUAUUCUGCAGAAAAACUGGCCAGUCAAUAUGUUGAAAAUCGUCCAGGACGAGUAUUCUCAUUGAAUCGACAGUGUGAAUUUGUAUUGAAAAUUAAAGGAACCCAGUUCUGUGGUCAAAUGUUACCUGUUUGCCGUCAACUUUACUGUCAAGACAGUGAGCAUAAGUCUUGUUUGCCUGUGGAAGCAGCUUGGGCUGAAGGAACACCAUGUGGAAAUAAUAAGUGGUGUAUCCAAGGUGAGUGUAUAUCUACUAACGAAAAUCCAACGCCAAUACAUGGAGGUUGGGGUGAAUGGGGUUCAUGGUCAGCGUGUUCACGUAGUUGUGGCGGAGGAGUACAAUAUUCUGAAAGAGAAUGUAAUAAUCCAGAACCACAACAUGGAGGAGACUUUUGUCAUGGAACCAGGACUAGAAUGAGAUCGUGUGGAACUGAGAUGUGUGGGAAGGAAGUGAAUAUUCGCCAGACAUUAUGCGAUCAAAUUGAUGGACCAUAUAAAGGACAACUGAGAGCAUAUUUUCCUAAACUCGGUGAACCUACAUCAUGCAAUCUAAUCUGUCUGUACAACUCACAUUCUGUUCCGCAUAGUUUUACUUUACCAGAUGGUACCCCAUGUUAUUCUCAAAGAGAUGAUAUUUGCAUUCAGGGGAAAUGUUGGGAUCCGUUUUACUAUACUUCUUCUUGCAAGGUCUCAAUAUUUAAUCCUAUCAAGCAUUUUUAA